AUGAUUGACUGGAAGCCACUAAUUAUUCUUCUCUUUGCAAUCACCUGUUGCUCUAUAGAUGCACAGCAGACUGCAUUUCCAAAACAAUAUGCUGAUGUUAUUUUCCUUAUUGACUCUCCUGAGACUAUGACGUCUUCAGCUUUUGAGGAAGUGAAAGAUUUCAUCUCUGAGAUAGUCAGCCAACUAGAUGUUGGGCUUAACAAGUACAGCAUUGGCCUUGCCCAGUUUAGUGGGGUAGGACAGGUGGAGUUUGUACUGAACACAUAUGAAAAUAAAGAAAAGAUGCUUGGCCACAUACAGCACAUCACUGCGUUUGCUGAAGGCUACUUGCAGACUGGAAGUGUCCUGGAGUUCUUGCUGGAAACCUUUUUUGUGGAGGGUGCAGGAAGCCGGCUCAGAGAAGGCACUCCACAAGUCGUGGUGUUCAUCGUACCCUCUGGAUCCAGAGAUGAUAUCACGAAGGCAGCUUGGGAGCUGGAAGACAUGGGGGUAAAAGUUGUCACAGUUGAUGCUGGAAACUUUGGUCAGAAAGUACGGUUGGGAGCCGCCCCCUCCAUGACUUACGAAAAGACUGAUGAAAUAGAGCUCACUGUUCCCAGGCAGCAAAAUGUUGUCACCGAUAUCGAAGUCUCUGUUCAGAAGCUUUAUGAAGUUGACUCGACUGGGCCAGCAGCGUGCUCCAGUGCAACUAUUGCAGAUAUUGUGUUUCUUGUGGAUGAAUCCAGCAAAAUUGGGUCAAAAAACUUCCAGCUCAUUAGGACCUUUCUGUUAAAAGUUGUUAAUGCCCUGGAUAUUGGCUCAAGCAAUGUAAGAGUUGGAUUAGUGCUAUACAGUAAUGAACCGAGGCUAGAGUUCACCCUGGACACAUUCAAGAAUAAACUGGAAAUCCUGAACUACCUGAAGAACUUACCCUAUCGAGGAGGACAGCCUUACACUGGACGAGCUAUUGAAUUCCUGAGAAAGAUGGUUUUUACUAAAGAAGCAGGUAGCAGGCAAAAACAAGGAGUGCAGCAAAUUGCUGUGGUUAUCACUGAUGGCCGGUCCUUGGAUAAUUACAUUGAACCAGCAUCUAAACUAAGGCGUAAAGGUGUUACUGUCUAUGCUGUGGGCAUCCAGAAUAUCACAGAGAGUGGCAAACUUGAUAAAAUUGCAACUUAUCCCCCAAACAAACACGUCUUCAACCUGAAGUUUUUUCUACAGCUGUCAAAUAUUGGAUGGAAAAUAAAAAAACGACUUUGUAAUGAGAUUCUGACAAAAACCUUUGUAGCCCCAUCACAAUCACAGAAUCUGAAAGAAGGUUGUAAGGAAACAGAGGAAGCUGACAUUUAUUUCUUGAUUGAUGGCUCUGGCAGCAUAAAUGUAUCUGAUUUCAGGGACAUGAAAACCUUCAUGAAUGAGACCAUCAGAAUGUUCCAAGUUGGUGCCAACCUGGUUCGCUUUGGCGUUGUUCAGUAUGCGGAAGGGUCAAGGACAGAAUUCGUGAUUGGCCAGCAUAAUGAUAUAAAAACCUUAUCGGAGGCAAUUAGGGAUAUUUGGCAAAUAGGUGGAGGCACCAAGACUGGAGAUGCUUUAAGGUCUAUGAAAAGUCUGUUCAAAAAGACUGCCAGGAACAAUGUUCCACAGAUCCUGAUAGUGAUUACAGAUGGUGAAUCGCAAGAUAAGGUGGCUCAGUCAGCAAAAGAGCUGAGGGAACAAAAUAUUGUUAUAUUUGCCAUUGGUGUCAAGAAUGCUGUUCAGAAAGAGCUGGAAGAAAUAGCAGGGAGAAAAGACAAAGUAUUCUUUGUGAACAACUACGAUUCCCUGAAGCUUAUUAAACCUGACAUUGUACAAGAAAUCUGUUCAAUAAAUGUUUGUAAGAAUUUCAAGGCCGACAUAGUUUUCCUGGUGGACAGCUCAGGGAGUAUUCGUCCAGCUGAAUUUCAGAAGGUGAAGGAUUUCACGCAGUCAGUUAUGAGCAGAGUGGAGGUCGGGCUCGAUAACGUUCGAUUCGGCUUGCUGCAGUUCAGCUCUGAAGUCAGAGAAGAGUUCCAGCUUGACAGAUACAGCAGCAAGCCUGACCUGCAGAGAGCCAUCCAGGAAAUGCGACAGAUGAAAGGAAAGACAUUUACCGGGAAAGCACUGUCCUUUGCUGCCUCUUACUUUGACCGAGGCAGGGGAGGGCGGCCUGAACUGAAGCAGUACCUCAUAGUGAUCACUGAUGGGAAAUCCCACGAUCCAGUGAAAAUCCCAGCCAAGGCCCUACGGGACAAAGGUAUCACCAUCUAUGCCAUUGACAUGCUGCAGGCAAACAAUUCGCAGCUUGUGGAGAUUGCUGGAACUCAAGACAGAGUGUUUUUUGAGAAUAACCUUGACUUCCUGGGAAAGAAGAUUCUCUUUGAAAUUUGCAGUCAAGAAAAUUUGUGCAAAAGGGCAGAAGUUGCUGAUGUCAUGUUUGUAGUGCAUGCGUCAUCUGGCAUUACAGCCCUGCAGUUCAAGAGUGUGCAGUGUCUCCUGGAAGCAGUGGUCAAUGGCUCAAUGGUCGGAGCGGACAAGGUCCGGUUUGGUGCCUUGGUGUAUAGCUCCAAACAGAAGGUGCAUUUCUCACUUAAUUCGUACUUCUCCAAGGCUCGGAUCAGAGGGGCAAUAUUCAACUUGAAGCCUCUGCCAGGCCAGGCCUUCACAGCAAGAGCUUUGAACUUUGCCAGGCAGAGAUUUGGUGCGAGCUAUGGUGGGCGAGCAUCUUCUCGUGCCAUCACCAGGAUCCUCAUUCUUAUCACUGAUGAACCGACUGCUCUAUCGGAUAGAGCCAACCUUCCUGCAGCUCUAAGAGCUUUGAAGGAAGAUGGAAUCAACUUAGUUGCUGUUGGAAUGAGCACGGCAAGCAAAGCAGAAUUUCAGGAGAUUCUCGAAGAUAAAGAGCGAUUAUUCUUUGCACAGAGCUAUGAUGCACUGGAAAGCAUACAGGAGAACCUUAUGCAGACAGUGUGUGAGAAAUCUAAGCCAGUUUGCAGCCAUCAAUUGGCAGAUCUGGUAUUCUUGAUAGAUGGGUCAGAAAGCAUAUCAGAAAAUAACUUUUCUGUCAUGAAGAAUUUCAUGAAGGAAAUUGUCGACAGUUUUAUUGUUUCGAAAGAUGACGUACAUAUUGGGGUAGUGCAGUACAGCCAAGACCCCCAGAAAGAAUUUUCUCUUAAGGACUUCUAUACUAGCACCAGCAUAAAGGAACAGAUUGACAGCAUCGUGCAGUUGAGGUCCUCUACGUUCACUGGCAAAGGCCUGAGGUUUGUCCGGAGUCUUUUUGAGCCUGCCAACGGAGGCCGCAUUAGACAAGGAGCCUCCCAGCACCUGAUUGUGAUUACAGAUGGGUAUUCUGCUGACGAGGUGGACGAUGCAGCACUGGCUUUGAGGAAUGAGGGUAUCCAUGUCUUUGCAGUUGGCAUAGGGACCAUAAACUCUUUUGAACUGCUUCGAAUAGCUGGUGGUCCAAAGAGAGUGUUCACAGUGGAGAACUUUGAUGCACUGAAAACCAUCAAGAGACAUAUUGUUGAAGAAGUCUGUGAAUCUGGAGAUCCUCCUAGCAAGGAAUGCGACAUAGAUCUUUCAAUAGGAAUUGAUAUUUCAGGGCACACACAGCCAGUAUCCACACUGCGUCUGAAACAGAAAUUAACAACGUUCCUCCCCAGGCUUUUAGUCCAGAUGAAAUCACUGCCCAAUAUCAGCUGUACUGCUGGCUCUCCACCCAACAUUAGGUUCAGGUUUCAAGUGUUGUCACAGACCAAUCAAAUUAUCUUUGACUCUGAUUUUGAAGACUAUAAUGAAGAGAUCAUCCAGAAGUUCUUAGAUGCACAAACUUCUAUAGACACCUACCUUACUGCAGACAUCUUACAGGCAUUUGGAGAUAAGUUCUUUAGUGUGACCUCUGAUAAAGUGAAGGUUCUGUUAAUAUUUUCGGAUGGGCUGGAUGAUUCACUGGAUAAUCUAAGAAACACAGCCACCUCCCUUCGCAUCAAAGGCCUUGAUGCACUUUUAAUAGUUGGUGUGAGCAAUACGCAGAACUUGACUGAACUUCGGGAAAUAGAGUUUGGCAGAGGGUUUGGAUACAACGAACCUUUGAGUGUUGGAUUUGCAAACAUUGCAAGCACCUUGAAGAGGAACCUUGAUAUUGUUGCAGAAAGGAAGUGCUGUAAUGUUGUUUGUAAAUGCCUUGGAGAAAGUGGUAGUCACGGUGACCGGGGAUACCUUGGAAUGAAGGGAAGUAGAGGUUACAGAGGAUCUCCUGGCCAUCCUGGUGAGGAAGGUGGCAUUGGAGAGAGAGGUCCAGUCGGUUUCAAUGGGACUCAAGGAGACAGAGGAUGUUCAGGUGUCAGAGGUUAUAAGGGAUCCAGAGGCUAUCAUGGAAGCCAGGGUGAACAUGGUGAGGAUGGAAUCGAUGGCAUUGACGGAGAACAGGGAGAACGUGGGUCUCCUGGUGCUUCUGGUGAAAAAGGCAGGCCAGGAAGACAGGGCAAGAAAGGCCUCAAAGGAGAAUCUGGGGAGCGAGGAGAGCCUGGUCUAAGAGGAGAUCAUGGGGAUCCUGGGAUUAGCAAUAAUGUUCGUGGUCCCAUGGGUGAAAAAGGAAACCCAGCACAGCAGGGGGAUCCAGGACCACCAGGACUCCGAGGAGGGCCAGGUGGUGCUGGUGUUAAUGGUGCAGAAGGUCGAAGAGGCCCUCCAGGCGUAAAGGGUGAGCAAGGAGAUCUGGGGGAACCAGGCUACCCAGGAGACUCUGGUUUGCCAGGCCCACAGGGCCCAAGAGGAACACCAGGAGUCAGAGGACCUCCAGGACCAAAAGGCAUGCCGGGCCCUCUGGCUGAUCCGGGACCCCCAGGUCUUUUUGGCUCUGAUGGGAGGCAAGGUGCCAGAGGAAAAAAGGGUGAGCCUGGUGACCCUGGAGAGAAGGGUGUAGUGGGACCAGCUGGACAGAGGGGCAUGCCUGGCAUGGAUGGCAGAGAUGCCUAUGGUCCUGAAGGAAACAAAGGAGCAAAGGGAGAAUCUGGAUUCAUUGGAUACCCUGGUCCACAGGGAGAACAGGGGGAUCCAGGUGUCCCAGGAACUAAAGGAUCAAAAGGAGUUAGAGGUAGAAGGGGUAAUGCUGGCACACCAGGUGCCGUCGGAGAUCCAGGAGACCAAGGGCCACCAGGACCUAUGGGUGCCAGAGGACCAAAAGGCACCAUUGGAAUGGAACCUUGUGAACUUGUGAAUUUUACACGAGCAAAUUGCCCUUGCUCAUCAGACACCUGUCCAGUUUAUCCAACUGAAGUGGUGUUUGCCCUUGAUAUGUCCGAAGAUAUUACUCCAGCUGCAUUUGAAAGGAUGAAGAACAUCAUCUUGUCUUUGCUCAGGAACGUUAAGAUCAGUGAAAGCAACUGCCCAACAGGCGCUCGUGUGUCUGUUGUUUCUUACAAUGCCAACAUGCGCUAUCUCAUCCGCUUCUCAGAAUUCCAGAAGAGCCGCUUGUUGCUGCAAGCAGUCCAGAGGCUACCGCUGGAGAGAUCCACUGGAAGACGUAAUAUUGGGGCAGCCAUGAGGUUUGUUGCCAGGAACGUCUUCAAACGGGUUCGUCAGGGCAUUCUCACAAGGAAAGUUGCCAUAUUUUUUGCCAACGGUCCAUCGCAGGAUGGUGAUGUCAUCAACACAGCCGCACUCGAGUUGAGUGCCUUGGAUAUCGCUCCGGUGGUUAUUGCCUUCAGUGAAGUGCCGAAUGUGAGGCGGGCCUUCUCAAUUGAUGAUACUAGAAGAUUUCAGUUAUUUGUUUGGGAAAGACAACAGAGUGAAAAUUUGGAGAGCAUCACAUAUUGCACCCUUUGCUAUGAUAAAUGCAAACCAAGUGCCAGCUGUGAAGUUCCCAUUCCUCCUCCUGUUCCUGUGGAUGUGGAUAUUGCUUAUAUCAUGGACAGCUCUUUCAGCAUCGGCAGGGAAGAGUUUCAGAGAGCCAAAGAUUUUGUGCACAACAUGCUAGAUCAGUUUGUCAUCACCCCACAGCCACGCGAGUCACGUAGUGGCACCCGAGUGGCACUGGUACAACAGGCCCCCAGAGGCUUCCUGCCUGGCAGAAACCAAAGCCCUGUGGCCCUGGAGUUUGAUCUAGUCACCUACAACAAUAAAGAUUCAAUGAAGAAACAUAUCCAAGAGUCUGUUCAGCAACUGGAAGGACCGUCAGCCAUUGCUUCUGCAUUACAGUGGACAGUUGAAAAUGUAUUUUUUAAGGCCCCCAGGCAAAGAAAGCACAGGGUCAUAUUUACAAUACUUGGAAGCCAAACAAGCGAAUGGGACAGAGAGAGGCUGAGAGAGAUUUCCCUUGGAGCCAAGUGCCGAGGAUUCACCGUGUUCACUUUAGCACUUGGCAGUGGUGUGAGUGACAGCGAGCUCACAGAGCUGUCCAGCUCCCCCACAGAGCAGCACUUACUGUCCCUGGGCAGAGUUUCAACAUCUGAGCUGGCCUACGCGCAGCGGUUUAGCCGGGCCUUCCUCAGUCUCCUGCAGCAGGAAAUGAACAGUUACCCUUCUCCUGAACUUCAGGAAGAGUGUGAAAACUUAGAUCGGGGAGACACGCAACAGCAAGUAUCCGUUAUUGAACGGGUCCCUUUUCCUGGCUCAGGUGAAACUGAUUACAGUCAUGUUUUGGAAGAAGUUGCAACAACGGAAAAUAGAGCCCUGGAGGAAACCGUAACAACUAACACACAACUGGCAUCUGCGUUGCCAGGGAUAGAAUAUGAUUAUGAAGAGAAUGAGAAUUUCGCAGAAGAAAAUGGUGAAGAAGCACCACAAGAAUAUGGAGAAGCUCAGGAGGAGAAUGAGGAAAACCUAGAGGCAACAAUAGAAACUACAGCUGCCUAUAAGUUUUAUGAUACAUGUGACCUGCCUCAGGAUAGCGGAGAAUGUCAAGACUAUGUUCUGAAGUGGUCCUACAACAAAUGGCAGAAAACGUGUGAUCCAUUUUGGUAUGGGGGCUGUGGGGGAAACAAAAAUAGAUUUGAAACGGAAGAUGAAUGCAAAGUAUCGUGUAUAGAAUCUUUUUAG